UAUGGGCUCUUUCAAAGUCAUUAUUGUUGGCGGCGGCCUUUCAGGUGCGCUGCUAGCCAACGGGCUUCGCAACAACGACGUCGAUUUCAUGGUCUACGAGCGCGACGUAGCCGAUUCCAAGCGAGAAGGCUACCAGAUCCGACUGGGUCCUGGUGCACAAGCAGGCUUUCAGGCAUGUUUGACUGAUGCGCACCGCGACAGGAUCAUGUCCAAGAUGGGCAUGUCUUCAGGCCUGCAAACAACAGCGCCAGCGUUGUAUACCACGCAAUUUGACGAGAUCUUUGACUUGGCCGUUGUACCGUCGUACUCGAAGUCCGCGGCCAUCAACAGAGUGGUGCUGAGAGACAUCCUCCUAGAGCCAAUCAAACAGAGCAAAAAGAUACAGUAUGGGAAAGCUUUCGAACGUUACGAGAUAGUCUCCCAGGAUGAUGAUGGAGCGGAGAAGGUCAAAGUUCAUUUCCAGGACGGUUCUCAUGACACCUGCGAUGUCCUUGUCGGCGCCGAUGGAGCGAACUCCAAGAUAAACAAGCAGCUUGGCCUGAACAACAUUCAUCUCUUAGAUAGCCAUUGGUCUUUCCUUUCCAAAGGAGGCCUACCAUACGAACGAAUGAUGCAAAUGCCUGCGAGAUUGCGCAAAGGUCCGAUUAUCGUAUUCCACAACGACAUCACACUGUACUACGCUCUCUACCUGCCCGACGAAAACAGAUCAGAUUCGAAGCACCAAGCGGGUGACUCCAAGACGGCGUUGCGCUACGACGAAAAAGCGGCAUCGUUCUACUGGGGCCUCAACAUCCCGGUGAACGCGCUUCCUUACAAAAGUGCUUCCGAAAUCAGGAAUCACAGAGAAGUCUGUCUCGAUCAAAUCAAGGACUGGGCGCCAGAGUUCCACCAACUGCUCAGCGUCGGGGCGGAUGACUCUGAUCAGACAGAUAUGCUCGUUACACAGCUUCGAGCAAGUACGCAACCCAAAGCGGACUGGCGGAAGCGAUGCCAGAACGCAGGAAACGGCCAGGGACACCCUCGAGUGUGGAUCAUGGGUGAUGCAAUUCAUGCAAUGCAGCCGAAUCGCGGUCAGGGGGGCAAUCAAGCAUUGGCUGAUUGUGCUGAGAUGCUUCCUCAACUGCUCUCGCUCGCCAGCAACAACAACCUAACGCGCCCAACAAUCGACCAAGUGCAAAACGCAUGCAACAUAUACGAGGCUUCCAUGAUCCCACGAGCGUUCCAGUGGGUCAGAAAAAGCGGAGGAGCCAGUUUUGUAAGAAUCAAUCUUGAUGGGUUUCUGGGAUUUGUCGUGCGUAUCGUUGCGAAGUUGGUGCUGCCGAUACUCAAAAUGUAUUACAGCAUCUUUCCCCAAAGCGACGAGUAAAGUCGCCCCUAGGUCCAUU